GAGAGAGAGCACUGCGGCUCUGCAAGGGAGGACCAUGGAGAUUCUCAGCAUUCAGCAAUUGGUAAGUGAGGAAUGUCCCGAAGAGAAAGUCGGCUGUUUUGCAGCACGGACGAGAGGCACAGCCUGGGAGUCUGAACGUUGGCGCUCUGGCCCGGCUGGGCCCUGGUGGGAAUCGGUGGAAAGAGAGAAGCAGAAAGCAGAAGAUGAGAAGAAGAAAAAGCUUGAGGCUCUCAAUAAUGCCAGGUUGAAGAUCGACACCUUGGAAGACUUGGCGGCCAUUGUCAAGCAUCACAAGCAGAGGAAGAAAAAGUGUAAGAAAGUGGUCCUCCCCAAACCGCAGGAGCCGGAAAUCACUAUUGAAUCGGUGGAGCCAGAGCAGUUUCUUGAUGCCGCGCUGGAGAACCGGAUCCUUGUGAUCGAUAAAUACCUGGCCGAUGGAGGAGACCCCAAUACCCAUGACAAGUUCAAAUGUACAGCCCUGCACCGAGCCUGUUUGCGGGGCCACAAGGAGAUCGUGGACAAGCUGCUGGAAGCGGGGGCCAAACUGGAGCCAAGGGACAUGCUGGAAGCAACCCCCUUGCUCUGGACUUGCCGCGGGGGACAUCUGGACAUCCUCAAGGGGUUGAUCAGCCGCGGAGCCAAAAUUUCCACCCGGGACAAGCUAUGGAGCACCCCUUUGCACGUGGCGGUCCGUACCGGCCACUCUGACUGCGCUGAACAUCUCAUUGCCUGUGGAGCAAAGAUCAACGCCCAAGAUAAGGAAGGAGAUACACCUAUUCAUGACGCAGUCAGGCUAGGACGAUUCCAGGCGGUGAAGACCUUGUUGAUGUACGGGGCAAAUCUUAGCAUCCAGAAUGAGGAGGCGGUCACCCCAGUCGACCUGGUGAAGGACUGGCAGACGGGCAUCCGGGAAACGCUCCAAAUGUGCGCCAACCGGCAGCAGGGCCUAGCCAGGAGCUGCUGAAUGUGUGUGUGUGUUUGGGGAGGGCAGGGGGCUUGAAGUAAUGAGGUGUUGACUCUACAAGCCUCCUCCACCUUGUGACCAACUCACCAUCCUUGUCCCCUUUUUUUGCACCAAACUGGGCAGAUCUCUUUGGCCCCCUUCAACAGUAAUAACAAUCCUGGGCUUCUUGCAUCCCCAGCUGAUGUGGGGCAACCAUCUGGGCUCUAAGGCAGUGGUGGCCAACUGGCAGGCCGGGGGCCACUGGUGGGCCGCGAGAAUAUUUUGGUGGUCCGCAGAGAAAUGUUCGGCCAUGAAAGCAAUUAAUCCAGGCUGCGCGGGGACACAAGGCUGUGCCGCCCACAUGGCCUGCCCCUCCGUUGGCCUGCCCACCCUUUGGCCGAGCGCAAACCUUGAGUAGAGCCACGCGAGCUGAAACUGGGAGGGGAGACCAACGGCCGGGGAGGGAAAUCCGCCCCGGGGUGGCUUAUUGACGUUGGUGGGAAAGUCGGUCCCAUAU